AUGUCGUACGUGUACAAACGCAUCCGAGACCUGGAGGCCAGCCCACAGCCGCAGCAUUUCUACGGAAAAUUGAUUUUUCACGGAGUACACGAUAAACAACACGUUUUGCUGCUCAAAGUACGUUUUUCGCAUGAUUUUCAAUGGGAAAUUUGAUUUUCAGGACGAGACGGGUUUGAUCUACGUGUGGGUGAAGCCGAAAGAGAAUCAGGUGCUGCGAUUUCAGCUCCGACAGGUUAUUCGCUUUCAUCGAUGCGUUAUUGGGUGGCAACACAGCUCGGUGAAAGGCACGGCGACUAUCGGAAAAGCGGGUACGGUUUUAAAGGUUUUAGACAUGUUUUUUUGCAAGCUUUCUCAAUUUUCAGGCUGUCACUUGGUCGCGUGGCCUGCGUCUGGAAAUCCGCUGCAUCCAGUCAUAAUCAGUUCGAAAGAAUGGACGAGAAGUCCGGAAGACCGGGAAAGAGUACGUUUUUGACUAGAACCGACCUGAAAUUCGAAUUUUUCACGAAAAAUCACCCAAAAACCGUACAUAAAAAUCGGUAGUGGCCUAACUUUUCGGCCACACUUGUCAUUUUAAAUGUUUUUUCCAUUACAGAUUGAGACGCUGAGUAAAGUGGAACGAAGACCACAAGAAAAGAAGGUGACCGUCGAAGAAAUGGCCAAUAAAUUGGUAGCUUUUUCGUUUUUGCUCGGAAAACGGUCCAAUUUUGAUUUCAGAUCGAAGUACGCGAAGGACAGAGAGCGAAAGUGAUCGUGUCGAGCUGGAUAAAGCGAGUUCGGCAGGAUGAGGACGAAAAAUUGCAUUUGACCACGAAAGAGCUGUACGCGCAGUGGCCCGGAACCCUGGUCGAGUCGAAAAGGUAAGAAUCGAUAUAAAACAUGCCAAAAAUUACGGUCGCGUCACCGAGUACGAAUUUUCGUGUCUUUUUGCAGUAAUUUCCCGAUCGACCGCUCGUUUUUCGACGAAGAAUACGCGGAGGAAUUUGUGCAAUUUUUUCGAAAGUGCAAACACUGUUUUGAUGACGUCAAAAAAGUGAAAUACAUCCGAGAGGACAAUCCGAUCAAGUGCCCCAAUUGCAAAAGUUAGUUUUCGGGCAAAAAGGCCGGCCUAUGCUUUUUGAGGCCUGGACUUUUGAUUUCGGCCUUUGAUCCACAUAUCUAGGGACCAGAUGAUCAAAUCGGUCUGAAACUUGGACCCAAUAUACUUCAAUCCAUGUCCAAGAAGCCCUCAAAGUUUGUUCCCGAUCGGAUCAUUGCAAGUCGUCCAAAAGUCGAGGCCUCAAAAAGCCUGGACCCAAAAUUGCCAAAAAAAAAAGCUAGACUUCGUUCAAAAUCGCCGAUCUUUUCCGAUUCAGAAACGAUGAAAGAGCUGGAAGUGGCGGUUCGGGUGCGAAUCGACGUCGACGGAUUCAAUUUCAUUUUCACAAUUCCCAUUCGGCUUGUGGUAACUGAUUUUUGGUGAACCUUUCAAAUUUUCUCAACGCUUUCACAGGAAGGACACGAAAAUCUUCCGAAUUUGAGCGAUUACUUGACAGAAAUGGCAAAGGGAAAAAAGGACGACGAGCGGAAAAUGAUUCGGUUUUGUCGAAUGGCGCAGGUACACGAUUUUUCACAAAUAUACCUUAAAAAUAGUUUUUUUUUCCAGAGAACCCUCUGGGACGCCACGUUGACCGGAAUCCGUGGACGCAUCAUGGGACGAUCGGAAAAUUUGAACUUUGUCGAAAUUUUCCUGUUCGAACUGCAAUUCUUGGACCUUAGCAACUAA